AUGUCUCACCAUCAUCACCAUGAAACCAACCCUCAUUUCGCACGCCUUCCAUCGCAGAAUCAACCUCCCAAAGGUGGUGCCUCUACCUCACAAUCUCACCCAAAAACACCACCAGGAAUCCUAAUCAAGCCUCGUGACCGCCACCGUAAAAGUCCUACUCCUAUCCCCCAACCACUUCCUUCAGAAAUACCUUUACCACUAAGCCCUGAAGAGAGACUACCACCAAGAAAAACUUCAAACUCUGCCAAAAUACCAUUACUAUCAACCCCUCAAGACAAACCACCACCAAAAAAACCUCCAAAAUCUUCAAAAAAACCGUUACUAAUAAGCCCUGAAGGUCAUCAUCAUCAAGAACAACAACAAAGAUCUCCACCACCACAACAACCACCACCACGAAGCUCCCCUGGAGGUUACACAACAACACUACCUCCAAUAGCCAAACCAACUCCAUGGAGAAACACUCCAACACCAUCACCUCAUCGCCGCAGAGGCCAACAGGCCCCACCUCCUUCAAGAGACCAAACAAACGCAAUGACUUGGUCAGCUGCAUUUUGCUGUGUAAUCUUCUGGAUCAUUCUCAUUCUCGGCGGUCUCAUCGUCCUCAUCGUCUACCUAGUGUACCGUCCACGCUCUCCUCACAUAGACAUCUCAUCAGCCAACUUAAACGCUGCUUACCUCGACAUGGGGUUCCUCCUCAACGGAGACCUAACCCUUUUAGCAAACUUCACAAACCCAAACAAGAAAAGCAGCGUUGAGUUUAACUACUUAACAUUCGAUCUUUACUAUUACAACACUCUUAUAGCGACUUCAUACGUUCAGCCUUUCAAGAUACCUAAGAAGAUGUCCAUGUUUGUUUACGUUCAUCUCGUGAGCAGUCAAGUUAGGCUCCAGCAAGAGCAGAGCAGAGAGCUGCAGCGUCAGAUUGAGACCGGUCCGGUUUUGUUGAACCUGAGAGGAACGUUUCAUGCACGUUCCAACUUAGGGGCGUUGUUUAGAUGUUACACGAGAGGAAAAGAAUAA